AUGCUCAGCCUUAGAUUCGCAGAGCUUGUCGAGCGUCGCUUGGGCGUCGAGACUUGCAAGAUGUAUCGUGAGACAAACGCUCGCGGAUGGGCCAGAUGUAUGGAAGAGUUCGAGCUGCGUACCAAGAGAGACUUUGACAUCUCCCAUAACGACCUCAACUAUUCAUACUACAUCAUCUUGCCUGGAGCAUCCGACAACCAUGACCAUGGUAUCCAGAGUAACUUCAUCACUCUCAAGACCUCGGACAUCCUCGAGAUCUUCAGACCCAUCGUUCAGCAAAUUAUCGAUCUGGUCACUGAACAGUACAAUGCUUUGGAAAAGAAAGGAAAGCAACCCAGCAGUGUCAUUCUUUGUGGCGGGUUCGGAGAUAACGUUUAUCUCUAUGAGAGUCUCAAGACGCACUUUGAAGACACUGAAGACUUCGCUGUCCUGCAACCUUCCAAUGCCUGGACUGCCAUUGCUCGUGGUGCGAUCAUCCACUGUAUCGAAGGCGAAGGUCUUGUCCGCACCCGAAUCGCCAGACGUCAUUACGGCGUGGUGAUGCGCGCAGUCUACAACGAAGAAAAGCAUGGCGAGUCUGUGAACAAAGUUCACGAUCCGAAUGAUGGUCGCUGGUACGUGGACAAUCGGAUUGACUGGUACGUCGCAAAGGGUCAAGCCCUUCCUUACGCCGAUCCCAUUCUCAGAGAUUUUUACUUCACCUCCGAGAACGAAUUCUUUGAGGAGAGCAUCUUGAUGGUCGUCUGCGAUAGCGACGAACCGCCUACCGAUUUCAAGCCUACCGCCAGCACCCGUAUGUUUUGCACCAUCACUCCUGACAUCAGAUCCAUUCCUCGCGAACAUUGGUGGGAGGAUAUGAACGAAGACAACAACAGAUACAUGAAGCUCAACUACCAAGUCGGCAUGAAGUUCACAGGCGGAACCAUUCUCUGGGAUGUGAGAGUCGACGGUGAGAUCUACGGAACUGCUGCCGCAGACUACGAGUAA